AUGGGCUCAGAAAGAAGGAAUACCAUUCCACUCAAGUUCAAGCUUCCUAGAGUGGAUACCCUGAUAACUCUUCGCAGCAAGAUCACUCAUUGUAAGAAGAAUAAUUUCAUCUGCAGAUAUGGGCGGAUCCUUGACCUCCUUACUACUCCGAUAGACGUCUUAGCGCUGGUAGCCUUAUCCCAGUAUUAUGACCCACCACUCAGAUGUUUCACAUUCCAAGACUUCCAGUUGGCUCCAACUAUUGAAGAGUAUGAGAAUCUCCUAGGUUGGUAUGUGAAAGACCACCCUUCCUUCACAAAGUUGGGUGAACCGUUGAUGCCUGAAUCAGUCGCUGAAGCACUCCACCUGCCUAUUGAAGAGGUCUCUCUUGGUCUGGGGCAUAGGGAGUUUGCCAAAAAGUUAUUGGAAGACAAGGCAUGGGCCUUGGAGAAAGAAGGGAAAUGGCUUCCUUUUAGUGCCAUUCUAGCUCUACUGAUUUAUGGAGUCGUCCUAUUCCCAAAUGACGGCGACUACAUAAACCACUCCAUCAUCAGUGUGUUCGUGUCUGGGAAUUCUGUCCCUGCAUUGGUGUCUGAUGUGUACUACUUCUUGCACACUAGGCAUGAGAAGAGAAAGGGCGUGGUAUUGAGUUGUGCUUCAUUGUUGUAUACUUGGCUCUUAUCUCACAUGCCUCAGAAGGAGCCUUGGGUGGACUUCUGGAAAGAUUUGAGGUGGUCCCAGAAGUUGGCUUCCCUUACUACCGAAGCUUGUGUUUGGUACAUUCCUAUCUCCGACAUAGAAUAA